CAGACUCAGACGUCCAUAAAGAAGCUCGUCAGGCUGUUUGCGCUGAUGACAGCUUUCUGGCGGGAGGUCUGCAGCUCCUCCUUGCCUGCUUGCGUAACGUCUGCGUAGCUGCUUCCUAUCAUCGUCAUUCUGUGGUUUAACGGUUAAAAGUGAGAAGAGUCGCAGACAGUCAGACUGCAGAGAGAGGAGCCGUCGAUGAUACAUGAUCGCCGUAAACAUGACCUCCAUGGAUGACAUCAUCACAGGAAUGACCACUGAGGACCCCUUCAGUUCUUCAGCCACCACUGAGGAUGAUUAUGACUAUGGAAUCGAUGACAACCUGAUGUGCGACCGCCAGUCGGUGCGGGACUUCCGGAGUCGCUACGAGCCGCCCUUCUUCUGGAUCAUCACCCUUGUGGGCGGAACCGGGAACCUGGCCGUGGUCUGGAUCUACCUGAGCUUCCGUAAGCGGCUGAAGACCAUGACCGACGUGUACCUGCUGAACCUGGCGGUGGCCGACCUCCUGUUCCUGGUCACGCUGCCACUGUGGGCCGCCGAAGCGUCUCACGGCUGGAUCUUUGGCCCCGCCAUGUGCAAGAUAAACUCCGCCCUCUACAAGGUGAACCUGUUCAGCAGCAUCAUGCUCCUGACCUGUAUCAGUGUGGAUCGCUACAUCGUCAUUGUGCAGACCACCAAGGCCCAAAACUCUCAGAUGGAGCGCCGCCGCUGCAGCCGGCUGGUGUGCGCCGGCGUUUGGCUGCUGGCGCUGCUCCUCGCCGUCCCUGAGCUGUCCUUCGCCGUCCCUGCCAACUCCUACUGCAGGAUGGUUUACCCUUCCAACCUGGGAAACCGCACCAAAAUCCUGGUUCUGUCGCUACAGGUGAGCAUGGGUUUCUUCGUACCCUUCAUGGUCAUGGCCUUCUGCUACAGCGUCAUCAUCGCCAAGCUGCUCAAGACUCGUAACUUUGAGAAGCACAAAGCCAUGCGAGUGAUCCUGGCCGUAGUGGUGGUGUUCAUCGUGUCCCAGCUGCCCUACAACAGCAUGCUGGUGAUGGAGGCCACGCAGGCUUCCAACAUGACUGUGACGGACUGCGAGAAGGUCAAGGCCAUAGACAUGGCCGGCCAGGUGCUGAAGAGCAUCGCCUACAUGCACGCCUGCCUCAACCCCUUCCUCUACGUGUUUGUCGGGGUCCGCUUCCGCCGUGACAUAAAGCGGCUGCUGCACUGCUGCCUGCCACAGUCCACCAAGACCCCCCUGGGGAAGACCAGGAGUCCUCUGAGCUCCACCAGGAUCUCGGUGAUGUCUGACAGCGAUACCUCCCAUGCCCUGUCAUUGUAGAGAGGCGGCGAUUCAACAUCCUGUUUAUGCUGCAUCAGCCUGAAUGUCGCAAGAUGGGUGACGACAGGAAGAGCUGGCCGUUCUGCUCCAGCUUCAAGAUGCAUGCUGCUUAACUUCUGUCUCAGCUGUGACUCUGCAGUCUCAAGAUCUUCAACAUCUAGAACCACAAUGACCCUUCAAAGCUGUCCGUUAAACCCUUAAACCGCUCAGGAGACUGGUCCGCCUAUUUCUGAUUGGGGGGAGCAGCAUGUGGAGCCAUGUCAGCUCCUGCUCCUCUCCAGGCGGGAUCUUCCUUCCCUUUAUGGUCGACCUGCUCCACCUGGAGAGGUCAGACUUUCUGUCCAAGCAGACCCCAAGUUUCAUCUCCACAUGCAGAACAACCAAGAUCUCAGGACUGUUUCAUGAUGUCAUGAUGAACUUUAUCAGGACUCUCCUGAACUGUGAAGCUUGUUUUCAAACAGAAGCUGGGACUUUAGGAGCUGCUGCUGCUGUGGUGACUGUCCUGUUCUGACCUAUGAGGUCACAUUGAGCCCAAUGUCUGUUUUCUGUCUUAUAAAUGUGAGUUUUGUGUUUUUCUUUAAUGAUGUUUAAACCUGUCACCACUGCUAAGGUGUGCCGGCCGAGGCUGCCCAGGGCCCGGCUCUCUGCUGCUGUACAGAAUCUGCUGUGAGUUCAUUGACUGUACAGGUUUUUAUCUUGGUUAUUCACAAUAAAACCAGUUG